AUGUCGAUGCUGCGGCGGCGGAAGGGCAGCGCUCCGCCGGAGCUACCGGUUGGCGCCGGCGCCGUCGGAGUGGCGGAGGAGGAGGAGAAGAAGGCCGAAAGGGUGCCGGCGACCAGACAGAAGAAGGCGAAGUGGUCGUGCGUGGACAACUGCUGUUGGUUCAUCGGCUGCGUGUGCUCGGCUUGGUGGCUUCUCCUCUUCCUCUACAACGCCAUGCCGGCGUCCUUCCCGCAGUAUGUGACGGAGGCCAUCACGGGGCCGCUGCCGGAUCCCCCGGGGCUCAAGCUGAAGAAGGAAGGGCUGACGGCGAGGCACCCCGUGGUCUUCGUCCCCGGGAUCGUCACCGGCGGCCUGGAGCUCUGGGAGGGCCACCAGUGUGCCGACGGGCUCUUCCGGAAGCGCCUCUGGGGAGGAACCUUCGGGGAGGUGUACAAGAGGUGCGCCCGCUUAUCUCUCCUCUCCUACUCCUUCUCCUCUAUUACCAGUCUGAUCUUCUGCGCUGGUUCUUAGCGCCUUCUUGAUGGGAUUUCCUGAUACUUCAUUUUGCCAUGGAUCUAGAGAUACCUUUUGGUGAGCAAAAAGGCAUCCGGUCUUCUUCCUCAGAAUCUGUUCUCCAGUGACCAGGCCUUUUUAUUUUAUCUUAUCGCAAAUCUUUUAAUACAGCUUAGCCUUAUUUUUUUUCAUGUUGCUUGCUAUGAUUGGAACCUCUGCAGACCCUUGUGCUGGGUCGAGCACAUGUCCUUGGAUAAUGAAACUGGGUUAGACCCUUCUGGGAUCAGAAUCAGACCCGUUACGGGCCUUGUGGCCGCCGACUACUUCGCGCCAGGGUACUUCGUAUGGGCCGUUCUAAUUGCUAAUUUGGCACGUAUUGGCUACGAGGAGAAGACCAUGUACAUGGCUGCAUACGACUGGAGACUCUCUUUCCAGAACACCGAGGUACCCAUCUACUCUUUUCUUUUUAUUUAGUAAUAAUAAUAAUAAUAUUAAUAAUAAUAAUAAUAAUAAUAAUAAUAAUAAUAAUAAUAAGAAGAAGAAGAAGAAGAAGAAGAAGAAGAAGAAGAAGCAUUCUGGGCUCCAUGGAUGCGCUUUCUCCAUCUUACUGGCUUUGAAUCGGAUUGAACAGGUGAGAGAUAAAACGCUCAGCAGGAUAAAGAGUAACAUAGAACUCAUGGUGUCGACGAACGGUGGAAAGAAGGUGGUGGUGAUUCCGCAUUCAAUGGGAGUUUUGUAUUUUCUCCACUUCAUGAAGUGGGUAGAAGUACCAAGACCGAUGGGGGGUGGUGGGGGCUCAGACUGGUGUGCAAGGCAUGUAAAGGCUGUGAUGAACAUUGGUGGACCAUUCUUGGGUGUUCCUAAAGCAGUUGCAGGUCUAUUCUCAGCUGAGGCAAAGGAUGUUGCUUUUGCCAGGUACUUUCUUCUUUCAGACUAUGUCCUGGUGAUGAUUUCCUAAAACCUUUAUUUCGUACCUACUCUUUCAGUUUCUGGGACCUGAUGAUCCAUAAUUGGGUUCCAUGAAUGAGUAUUGCUCGGAAAUACCCAGAUUAGUUUGAUACCAUUUUAGCAGUAUUAAACGACGAAUUCAGCUUAACAGGUUUCUGAAAAUUGGAGACGCUGAAGAAUGUUUUAUAAUCUCUUGGGUUUUAUAUCUUGAAUAAGCACUUGUUUUCUCUUUACGACCGAUCUCCGUUUACAUUUCUCAACCUGGCAAUACAAUUUCCGAGAUUCUUUAGGUUCUUGAAUCAGAACUCAAUAGAAGAACUUAAUAAAUCUCGAAAAGGUGAAGACAUAUCAUGGUCUUCCAUUCCUGUUGGCGUAGAUUUUUUAUUUUCAUUGGCAACUAAAUCCGUGUUUUCUCUUUAUGCCCAAUUUCCAUUUCCAUUUCAACAUUUGUUGGUAAAAUUUCAGGUGUCUUCUUGCCUCAUUAAUCAGAUUUCAAUGAAAGAAUUUAAUAAGAGUUAAAAAAAGUCGAAGACACAUACAUCUGACGGUUCUCCAAUCUUUUGGGCCAUAAUUAUUUUUUAUCUUCAAUGGAAAUAAGCUGUCAUUUUCUCUUUUUCCCCAAUUUCCAUUUCAAUUUCCAUUUGUUGAUCCAAUCUGAGGGUUCUUCUAGGUUAAUUAGUCAGAUCUCAGUUGAAGAAUUUAAUAAAUUAUGAAUAUUAAAAGCAUACAACCUGAGGAGUCUUAAUUUCAAUUUCCACUUGCUGCCCAUUUGUUGAUGCAAUCUGAGGGAUCUUUUAGGUUCAAUAACCAGAUUUCUAAUGGAAUAAUUCAAUAACCUUCAGUAAAUCGAAGACAUAUUAAGUUUUUCCAAUUCUUUUGGGUCGUGAACUUUUUUUGUUCAACCCACAAUGAGCUGUACCAAUACGCGAACUAUCUUUUUGUCUCUUUAUGCAGGGCAAUUGCUCCUGGUGUGCUGGACUCUGACCUGCUCGGUCUUCAGACUCUACAACACGUGAUGAGGAUGACCCGCACGUGGGAUUCGACCAUGUCGAUGAUCCCAAAAGGGGGAGACACGAUCUGGGGUGGCCUUGAUUGGGCCCCCGAGGAGGGAUCUGAAUGUAGCUUUAAGAAACCUAAGCACAAUGAUUCUCAGGUGGCUGAGGACGUUAAGGCCGAGAAGGUGGUUCCCCCCUUAGAUCAUUCUAAUUAUGGGAGGCUUGUGUCUUUCGGGAAAGAUGUCUCUGUGGCUCCUCCAUCCACCAUUGAGCGGAUAGAGUUUCGGGUAACUUCCCAUAACCCACCCUACUCCACUUUCUGUUUCCCCUGGUGAUUCUUCAGAUCAAUUGGUCAUUAUGGUAUCAAUUUCAUGGGACGUUCUAGGAAAAUUGUGAUCUUCAGUGAUGACUCCAUUGCUAUGUUUUUAUUUAAGUUUAUUUUAGUUAAAACUUUACCCUCCCGUGGCCAAUCUACUCUUUACACGACCAUGGUUAUGAGCCAAAAAACGAUAAAAAAACUAUUUUCUAGUGUACCAUCUUAGAUUUUGGUAGGAUCCUGUGGAGAUGAAUGCCUCAACAUCGGUUUUUAUUUUUUCUACUUUUUUUAUUGAAACUCUGCUUCCCAGGGCCAGUCAGCCUCCUUACAGAGAUCCAUUGUUCCUGUUCAGAAAUAAUAAUAAUAAUAAUAAUAAUAAUAAUAUGAAGAAGAAGAAGAAGAAGAUUCUAUGUUUUACAUCAACUCUGCUCAUCAAUAUUUAGUAGGAUCAGUCUAAUCUCGUGCUCAGAUUAUUUGUAAUUAAUUAUUUGCGAGGAAUUAUUUUAUGUGGACUCUGAAUAAAAGAGAAUUUCCCAUUAAUUGAUCAUACUGGAGUCCCUUUACCAUGAGGCUGCCUGUUUUCAGGAUGCCAUCAAGGGAAAUAACUUUGCGGCAGCAAAUGCCUCCUGCGAUGUCUGGAACGAAUACCACGAGAUGGGCUGGGGAGGAAUCAAGGCGGUGGCGGACUACAAGGUCUACACAGCGAGCUCAAUCUUGGACCUUCUUCAUUUUGUGGCCCCGAAGAUGAUGCAGCGCGGAGGCACCCAUUUUUCUUAUGGAAUUGCAGAUGAUCUAAGUGAUCCCAAGUAUCAACACUACAAGCACUGGUCCAACCCUUUGGAGACCACGUGAGAUUCUCUCUCUCUCCUCUCACUCCUCUCUCUUUCUCUCGCUCUCUCUCUCGCUAGUGCUACUGCCUUGCAUCAUUCAUUGAGCAUCUCAUAUUCUUCUUCAUGCAUUGGGCCUAUUGGUGGGCAUGCCAUUGUUAAGAUGACAUUAAAUCUCUCUAUUGCUUAAUCGUGUCCAAAGUUUUUUUUAUUUUUAUUUUUAUUUUUAUAGUUUUGAUGAUUUUUGGGAAUAACGUUGAUAAGAAAUAGUCAGUCCCAUAUCAAUUAUUAUUCUGGCUUAAUGUUUAACUUUGAGCUGGGUGGCCCGAUUUCCAUGAUGAGUAGUGAACACGAGGAAUAGUCCCAAAAGACUGAUUAAUUUACCUCAUCUUUGCUUCUUCAGGCUUCCAGAUGCCCCUGAAAUGGAGAUAUACUCCAUGUACGGUGUCGGCAUCCCCACUGAGAGAUCCUAUGUCUACAAGAUAUCCUCCUCCUCCGAGUGCAACAUCCCAUUCCAGAUCGACACAUCGGCGGAGGCUGGCACUGAGGGGAGCUGCCUCAAGGGUGGGGUCCACUCUGUCGACGGGGAUGAGACCGUGCCCGUCCUCAGCGCAGGCUUCAUGUGCGCCAAGGGCUGGCGGGGGAGGACCCGCUUCAACCCCUCCGGCAUGAGGACCUACGUGAGAGAGUAUGACCAUGCACCGCCGUCGAAUCUUCUCGAAGGCCGUGGGACCCAGAGUGGGGCCCACGUUGACAUCAUGGGCAACUUUGCCCUCAUCGAAGAUGUCAUCAGGGUGGCGGCGGGUGCUACUGGCGAGGAGCUGGGCGGCGAUCAGGUCCAUUCGGGCAUCUUCAAGUGGUCCGAGAAGAUCGAUCUGCCACUCUAG